AUGAAGCCCAUCUGGCAUACUCCAAAAAAAGAAGAGCUUUAUCUUUUUUCGUACCGGAACCGUCUCUUUGCCCUUUGUCGCAGAUCAGUCGCAAAUAGUAAAGACGGUUCCUUCUUCGCCUUUAUGGAGAACAUCACCAUUUAUGCUGCUCCAUGGAAUCAGCAGCUUCUGGGAGCGCUCAUCGAAGAAAUCCAGAGAGAGAGUCUCCGACAAGAGACCGAUCGCAUCAACGUCUACCGAGGUAUGAAAGUCGGGGAAUGGCGAUGGGUCCCCAUGGUAUACAACAUGCACCGGCCAAUGGACAGCGUGGUACUUGAUCCCCACCAGAAAGACAAUUUUGAGGCAGAUGUUCAGGAUUUUCUCCAUCCAACUACGUACCAGUGGUAUAUGGAGCAUAGCUUGAAUUAUCGACGCAGUUAUCUCUUCCAUGGCCCACCAGGCACCGGUAAAACAAGCCUAUGUUUGGGAAUGGCCACUUUUUUCGGCUUGGACAUCUAUACCCUCAGCCUUAACUCUCUCGACGAGAAUAGGUUAGCGCUCCUCUUCCAGGGCCUUCCAAGACGGUGCGUGGUUCUUUUGGAAGAUAUUGAUACUGCCGGUUUACCCAAACGCCCCAACGAUAUGGAUGCUACUCAAGUUGGAAUCUGCGAAGACCAAUUUUUGUCAAAUCAUGAUGAUAAGUCUCCUACAAAACUGGGACCAAUCACUCUCUCAUCUCUUAUCAAUACGCUUGACGGCGUAGCUACCAAAGAUGGCCGUAUUCUUAUCAUGACUACAAACCACAGAGCCAAGCUUGAUAACGCUUUAAUCCGCCCAGGUCGUGUGGACGUGGAGGUUAAGUUCGAGCUUGCGAGUGCCUUUAUUGUUCAAAAGCUCUUCCUUGCUUUCUAUGCACCAGUCAGCAUUUUGGAUGAUAAUGGUAACAACCAACUCGCCAAGAAUAGCACACCCUAUCCAAAAGACAAGAUAAACACGCUGUCGGUGGAGUUUGCGCGGCACGUUUAUGGCGGACAUUUCAGCCAUGCCGAGAUUCAAAAUUAUUUGAUAGGACAUCGCAAAGACCCUGUAUCCGCGGUUGCAGGUGCAAGUGAAUGGUUCAAAACAAAAGCUGUUAACAGGGAAUGA